AUGGAGAUAUUCCUGCAAAGGCUGUUGAUUGCUCGCGUUUCGAACCGUGCUGUCGUCAAAUACGGUACCCAGAUUUCCCUGGGUGAAGGCCGAACUAUGAUGAAAGUUCAACAACAAGUCCAGAUAUCUAUGCCUGAGGUCUAUGAUUGUUGGACUUCCCAGCAGCAUACAGACAGUCAAGCUAACGAGUCUGUCUAUAUUGUCAUGCAAUAUAUACCUGGGAAAAUCCUAGCUCAGACAAUCGAGGAUUUGGACGAAGAGCAAACCCGGGAUCUCGCCGACCAGCUAACACGCAUACUUAACACACUCCACACAAUUCAUCACACAGUACCGGGCCCAGUGGAUGGCGGUCGUGCAAUGGCACCACGACUCUUCACAAGUAGUGGUGCAGGCCCAUUUUACUCCAUUCAAGAUCUCAUUGAUUGGUUCAAUGAGUGUUUAAAGCUAUGUCACUUUUUUGGCAGGGCAAGUAAGCAGCAACGCUUCGAAGAAGACAUCAAAGAUUUAGUUAUGUGUCACAUGGACGUUCAUCUUCAUAAUCUUCUGGUCGACGACUCGGGCAAGCUCUGGUUGAUAGACUGGGACUGUGCGGGAUUUUAUCCAGAGUUCUUCGAGUAUGUCUGCUUAAAGGGCUACGCAGAAUUCAUGCCGAUAGGCAUGAAGAGCGCAGCAGGUGCAAAAUUCCUUCAAACCGUGGUUGAUUCGAUGGAGACGUUGGAGGCCCGGAGAAUGAAUGCCAAAUUCAACGCAAUUGGUUAUGCUCUCAGAAAAUGA